GUUUCCUCCAUCCGUCGUUAUUUUUGCUACUUGUUCUGCUCGGAGGGCGUUUGAAACGCAUUUGUUCAAGUACGUUUUACAUACUCACGUUGACAAAAUGAAGCAAAAUAGCAACGUGCCAGCGUUUUUGACGAAGCUCUGGACUCUCGUUGAGGAUCCUGAUACCAAUGAAUUUAUCUGCUGGAGCCAGGAGGGCAGCAGUUUUCUUGUGUUGGAUGAACAGAGAUUUGCAAAGGAAAUACUCCCGAAGUUCUUCAAACACAACAACAUGGCCAGCUUUGUAAGGCAGCUAAACAUGUAUGGAUUCCGCAAAGUGAUGCACAUUGAUACGGGCAUAGUGAAGCAGGAGCGGGACGGCCCUGUCGAAUUUCAGCAUCCUUUCUUCAAGCAUGGCCAAGAUGACUUACUGGAACAUAUCAAGAGAAAGGUUUCUUCCUCCAGGCCUGAGGAGAGUAAAAUCAGACAAGAUGAUCUGUCAAAGAUCUUGUCCAGCGUCCAGAAUAUUCAUGGUCAGCAGGAGAAUAUGGACUCCCGACUUGCAACGCUGAAAAGGGAGAAUGAAGCCCUGUGGCGGGAGAUAGCCGAUCUGCGUCAAAAACACAACCAGCAGCAGCAAGUUAUAAAGAAGCUGAUACAGUUUAUUGUCACACUGGUUCAGAGCAACCAUGUCCUGAGUUUGAAGCGAAAAAGACCAUUGCUGUUGAACAGCAACGGGAAGAAAUCCAAAUUCAUCCAUCCAAUCUUCGAUGAACCUGUCGACCACAGCAAGACCCAUGUCAAUGGGUUAAAGAAUCAUUCUGACAUUACUGAUGAUGUCAUCAUCUGCGAUUUAACCGUUGAGGAUUCUGAGGUCACAGAGGAAAUUUCAAGGGACGUGGAACUAGUGGAGGUGCAAGGAGAUGGCGAAGCCGCCAUGCUGGUGGAGAGCUCAGCGGACAAAGAAGCAGGAAACUCCCCGGAGACCAUGUGCGAAUGCACGGCCAGGAGCGCCGCCGAAUUUCCCGAGAGCAGCGGCGCGCUGCAGGUCAACAUGCCGUCAGUACUGAGCAUCGAAGACCCCCUCAAAAUGAUGGACUCCAUCCUCAAUGAGAGUGGAGCCAUCUCGCAGAACUUAAACCUCCUGGGAAAGGUUGAGCUCAUGGACUACCUGGACAGCAUUGAUUGCAGCUUGGAGGAUUUCCAGGCUAUGUUGUAUGGCAAGCAGUUCAGCAUUGACACAGACAUCGUGGAGUUUUUCAGUCCUGAUUCUAUGAUGAACUCAGUUGAUAUCGGCGCCCACGCUGCUGAAGAGACGGAGAGUUCAAAAGAGAACGCGGAAUUGUCAGCUAAAGGAGGGAAACUGGAAGCUGAUAAUACAGAUAAGCAGCUGGUUCAGUACACCACCUGCCCCCUGCUGGCCUUCCUGGAUGGCUGCACCUCCCUAACCCCGGAGCCUGAAUCUCCUGCAUGCGAGCUGGGGGAGGCGCUGCUGGAGCAGGCCACCGGGGACGACGAUCUCCUCGAACCAAGCCUGGAGAUGCAGGAACCUCCACGGAGCACACUGAUCCGCCUGGAGCCGCUGACAGAGGCGGAGGCCAGCGAAGCCUCCCUGUUUUACCUGUGCGAACUGAGCCCCGAUGGGCCUGGGGUGGGUGUGGAAGCCCCACAGCUGGAGGUCUAAAAAGGGGGGUGGGGGGGAGUGCCAUAAGGAAUGGACCUUUUGUAUAUAUUCAUCAAAAUGAUGAUCUAUUUAUUUGCCAGUAUCUUUUGGUACAGUUCUGUCCUGGAGUUCACUGAAAAAGUAUUAAAAAAAUGGGGGGGGGGGGGACACACCUUCUCUAGAAGAUGCUCUGCUUCAGCCUGGGAUGUAGAUGCCUGUAGGCUUCUUAUCCAAAAAGUUCAUAGUUUGAUGGUUAUUGGUUCUCUCUUUUUUUAAUUACUAUUAUUGCACACACUUCUUUUCAAAGUUGAAGAGGAACAUUUUGAAAGUCAUGUAUCAGUUACGGCUUGAGCAGCAAUUGUGAUUUUAGAAGUACAGCGAGACGUGUCUGUACUGGAUACCCACUUCAGUGUAUGGGACUCUUACUCGCAUAGUUGCAUUUUUAAUUCACAAAUUCUGCUGAGACGUUUUCAUGUGAGUUGCCUGUGAGCUUCUUGUCAUUAUUUCAGAGUUGGCAAUAACAAUAAACGCGCACAGCAAAACUCUU